GGUUAUUUUGUGUUAAAGAGUUAGGUUGACAACAACAACCAGUUUGAGUUUUGAUAAGAAAAAGAAGAAAGAAAAGUUUGUGCAGUUUAUAAAAGUUGAACAAAAAUGAUGGGACAAUAUUUUUUGGAUUUAAAAAAUGAAUCAUCGAUUCACAAUUUGUUACGUAACAUGAAAUCAGCAUUUCCAUAUCCUUUACAUCCACAUCAUCAAUUACAUCAUCCGAUGCCGCAACAACCUGAUCAAGUGCUGGAUUUAUCAAAACGAAGAGAUUCAACAGAAACGCGUAAAACAACUUCACCUUCAAGUUUUGAAGAAGGAUCACCAGAUGCACGUGGAAGUCCAAAUGCAGCCACUCAGAUUUUACUUCAUCGUCAUAUAAAUAUUCCCAGACCACAAUACACGCCCGAACAUGCAAUUCAAUAUCAUUACGAACAUCCUUCAACACCACCAGCAAUCCCUCUGACUGAAGUUACAUUGCGAUCACCUCAAGAGAUUAUGGAACGAUUCAGCUCAUCGCCAAUGCUUCGCAAAGAAGAAAAUUCUCCUCCACAUCCAAUCGAUGACAAAACAAACUCACCGCCGUUCUUUCAUCUCCGACAGUCGAAAAUUCCCGAGCAUCAUGCUGACGAAAGCAACGAUUCUCCAUGCAUUCCUGCAAAUAUUUCAUCUUCAAGUUCAACAACGUCGUCACAGAAAUCUCCAUCAUCUCAAAACGGAAUUAUGGUCAUGGGACGUGAUGGUAAACUGACACGACCUUUUAAAGCUUUUCCACGUGAUCGAAUGAGUCUUGCUGCCGCUGCUGGUGCAAUUCUCGAUCCAACAUCACAGGAAAAGUUUAAAAUAUUUCGCAAACGAAUGCUUGAACAAAUACAUGCUGCGAAUGGUGGUAAUCCAGUUAUUAAUAAUCCCAAAAUGCGUCGAAUCAAUUCUAAAGGAAGUAACCAAGAGACUAACAAUAAUGAUUUAAAUUACGAUUCAAGUAGUGACGGAAAAAUUCUUAAUUCACCUUCGAGUGGUCAAGAGAAGGAUGCGGCUUAUUACGAGAGAAGAAAGAAAAAUAAUGCAGCAGCUAAGAAAUCUCGCGAUCGACGACGAAUUAAAGAAGACGAACUCGCAAUUGAAGCUCAAUUUUUAAGAAAUGAAAAUCUUGAAUUAAAGUUUGAACUUGCAGCUGUAAGAAAGCAACUUACAAUGUUUCAAUCCGGUAUUGCAAACACAAAUUUGUAAACAAUUUCAUGAGACUUUCAUUAAUUUUAAGUAAGACUGACUAGCUUUAACUACACAAUCGAAUUUAACGUGUACAAAAUAAUUUUAAAAUGAUAAGAAAUAAAAAAGAUUUUUCGAAUUUUUUAAGAAUGAAAA